AUGACCAUGCAAACAAUGGGCAUGUGCGAAGCUAUGCAACAGAUUCAAAAUAGUCCGCGGAAUAUUGUAUUGAUCAACGACACGCUACCCCUGAAGAUAUGCAUCGACUGCUGCAUUCUCUUAAAUCAAUGCAGCGAGUUCGUCGAGCGAACUAACCAAGCCCAACACUCCCUCAAAGAGCUCCUAAUCGGUGCCAGCAAACUCGAUCCCAUACAACAGCAACAACAACACGAACAGCAAUUAGACACGGAAUUGCAGUACAUCUCGAAAACGUUUCCCAAAGAGGAGAUAAAGGAGAUAAAAGAGUUGGUGGAGUGCCACCUGGGCUCGGAUUACGCGAACGACGAGAGCAAUUCCAAUUUUUACAAACAAAAGAAUAAUAACAAUAAAAAGUGCGAGGAUGAGGAGGAGGAGGAGGACGAGGAUGAGGAAGAUUCGGGCAGCGCGAAGAAGAAGCGGCAGGCGAGGAGGGGCGGCGGGAAGGGCAGGAGGAAAGCGAAGAGGAGGGGGGAGGGCAAGAGUGGGGAAGAUAGUUAUAGGAGUGGUGGGGAAAUCGCCGCUGCAAGUGGCCACAGGGACGCUGAUGGGUCGCUUAAGAAGGACUUGGACGGGGCUGGGAGUGGAGACAGAGAGAAGGGGAGGGUCAAGAUUCCGGAUAACUACAUGACAGGUUCAGAAUCUGAUAUCGAAAUAAUAGAGGCUCACACGAUGGAAUCCCAAAAGUUGGGCCGCAUGAACAGAGUCGAGAACAUGAUCCGGUUUCCUUGGCUCUGCACCGAUUGCAACGACAAACUGUCAAGCUUGGAGAAACUGGAGGAGCACCACGAAGUGGUUCACAGCCAGAGGCCUAAAUACAUGUGCGUACUCUGUUGCAAGGUCUAUGACAAGUACUAUGGAUUUUUGACGCACGUCAAGAGACAUAAAAACAAAACCAAGUUCAGUUGUGACGACUGUGGAAAGUCCUUCGUCCACAAAAAAGUGUUGGAUUCUCACAAGGCAAUCCAUAGCGAGGAACGGCCGCAUGUUUGCCCUACGUGCGGUAAAUCGUUCAGGCAACAGAGUGCCCUCUACAUUCACAGUCGCUGCCAUCUCCCCGACACGAUGAAAAACCGAUUUCCCUGCGACCAGUGUGACAAAAGAUUCUCGACAAAACCGAAUCUCGUCACGCACAAGCGGAUCCAUUCGGGCGUCAGAAAUUUCACCUGCGACCAGUGUGGCAAAAGUUUUAUCCAAAAGGGUAAUCUUGAGGCGCAUUUCUUGACGCAUUCCGCGGACAAGCCUUACAGUUGUACUCAGUGCUCGAAGGCUUUCAAGACGCCAUUACAGUUGAAAAAGCACGAAACUGUUCACACAGGGGCGAAGCCUCAUCAGUGUGCCGUUUGUGGGCGAACGUUUAGAGAGAAGGGUACCCUUCGCGAGCACCACAGGAUACACACGGGCGCCAUGCCAUUCACCUGCGAAUUCUGCGGCAAGAGUUUCCGGUUCAAGGGAAUCUUAACGACUCAUAGAAGGCAGCAUACAGGCGAGCGUCCUUACAGCUGUCACGAAUGUCAACAUCAUUUCACGAACUGGCCCAAUUAUAAUAAACACAUGAAACGGCGCCACGGUAUUAAUACGUCGCAUACGAAGAAUUUGACCGCCCAGGCCCAACAGGCACAGACCCAAGCCCAGCAGCAGGAGCAGAGAGCCGCUGAUAACAGUGCAACACCUGUGGACGGCACCAAUAUUCAUGUGAUACAAUCGUCCGCAUCUCAGCCAAUCGUUGUCCACGCGAUCCCCACUACGACUCCAACAAGCAGCAACUCGACCACCAGCAGGAACAAUAACAACAGCAGUAGCAGCAACAACGAGACAGUCAGCACCGCCAAUCAGAGCCAACCUAACAUCCAAUCGGAAGGUCCCGGGUCAGCCGUACACGCGCAGCGUACCGCCGCGAGUUACUUCAACGCGAUGCCGGCCGCCCUACAAAACUUCCUGCCACCGAACCUUUCUUACAAUUUUUACAACAUCUCAAACGUUACAUAUAGAGAUUAGAAGAUUCGACGUAUAAUUAAUUAAAUAGGAUUUGUUAAUUUAUAUGAUUAAGUGUAUUAUAUUGCUUUUAUUUGAUAUUAAAU